UGAUUGGCCAGUGUCGCUGCUCGUUGCAAGUGAAAGAGUGCCGCGGGGACAGAGGAAGCCACGUUGACACCGAAGUGUUUCAUGGUGGAGGUUUCGUGUGUCUGCCCUCGGGAGGUAACGGUCACGUCGACGGGUAACAUCCGUGAGCUCCACUGAAACAUCCAGGGAAAGGACAGAGACGCCAGCACAUCUGACAGGAUGAGUGUUGGAUUCAUUGGAGCAGGCCAGCUGGCCCAUGCCCUGGUGAAAGGGUUCACAGCUGCAGGUGUGAUUGCUACACACAGGAUUACAGCCAGCUCUCCAGAUACAGACCUGCCCACAGUCGCAGGGCUGAGGAAAAUGGGGGUGAACCUGACAACGAGCAACAAAGAGGCCGUCAAUAAGAGCGACGUGCUUUUCCUGGCUGUGAAACCUCACAUCAUCCCCUUCGUUCUGGAUGAGAUUGGGCCAGACAUCGAGGACCGUCACCUCAUCGUGUCCUGUGCUGCAGGUGUCACCAUCAGCUCCAUAGAGAAGAAACUGCUUCAGUAUCGCUCAACUCCUAAAGUCAUGAGGUGUAUGACAAAUACUCCGGUGGUGGUGAAAGAGGGAGCCACCGUGUACGCCACCGGGACACAUGCAGAGGUUGAGGAUGGCAAGUUACUGGAGCAGCUGAUGGCCAGUGUAGGAUUCUGCACUGAGGUGGAGGAGGACCUCAUCGAUGCCGUCACCGGUCUGAGUGGCAGCGGACCAGCCUACGCAUUCACGGCCCUGGAUGCUCUCGCAGACGGAGGAGUGAAGAUGGGUCUGCCCAGGAGACUUGCUGUCAGACUUGGAGCUCAAGCCCUAUUGGGAGCAGCUAAGAUGUUACUGGCCUCGGAUCAGCACCCUGGCCAGCUGAAGGACAACGUGUGCUCACCAGGGGGCGCCACCAUCCAUGCCCUGCAUGUUCUGGAGAGCGGUGGCUUCCGCAGCCUUCUGAUCAACGCAGUGGAGUCUUCGUGCAUCAGGACACGAGAGCUGCAGUACCUGGCAGACCAGGAGCGCAUUUCUCCAGCUGCCAUUAAGAAAACCACACUGGACAAGGUGCUCCAGCAGCCUGGAGUCUCGGUCAGCGGAGUGGCUAAUGGGAACGGCAGGUCAGGGCUCAACCUGUUCAACAACAACAAUCGCGGCCCUGGGGUCCAGAAGAAGAACUGAGUACACAGAGGGGCAGGCACACACACACACACACACACACACACACACACAUACACAUGUUACAGGUUUAAGUAUAGUGUUUGUACACAUGGAGUAAAAAAAUGCAUAAUAUUCAGACAUCGAAAGGAAACAGACUCAGGACUGGUCAUGAAAUCACAUUAAAAUUGCUUUGCCAAAUCAUUUAUUCAUACUUGAAUGACUUUUGGACAGUGGACCUGAUGGUGUCACUGCCAGUUUAUACACAAGCACAAGUGUAUUCUGGGUACAUUGCUCACAGUUACAGCCUUAUGUUGUGAUACAGGAUUACAGUCUACAAUCACACAAAUCCAUAUACACACUGAAGAGCAAAAGUGCAUUUACAAUUUGUUAUCUGGGCAGUUGAACGGUGUUGAAUGGUGAUGACCCAGUGGGCCAUCAUGGGAUCCUGGUACGCACUAGGCAGCAGAUGGCUGCUGGGAAACAUCAAGCUGUUUAUGUCUUCAAUGUCUACUUUCUAAAAACAUGAAGCUACAAUGUUAAUCAUGGUGUGUCCUUCUUUAGUUAGUGCACAUAUCUUUGUUUAUCCAACAGUAUUAUGCUGUUAAAGACUGAGUAUGGGUUGAACAACAUUUUAACGUUUUUUUUUUUUUCUUACUGUUUUUAUUAUCAUAUAACACUACGGUCCUCAUGGAUAAAAUACCUUCCCUGUGUGUGUCAUUGGGAUUUUUAGCACAUUAAGAACAUUGUGCCUUCGACCCAUAACUUUUUCUCAACAUUAAGGUCAUUCCAAGCUUUAAACCUCUGAUGUCAACAGUUUUCCUCGCAACCCUCUGUUAACAUUUCAUAUGUUUUUGUUGUGCUCUAAGGACAUUGUGGGUCUUGACCUGUUUUAUCUUGAAUCUUCAAAAGUUUCUUACCAUGAAGGCCCUUUUUUGUGUUUUCUGUCACAUCAGAAUGUGAUGUUAUUAGCUGCAAGAAAGUCUAUUUCAUUUAAACAGCUUGCUGAAGAAUAUUUAAGUAUGGUAAUGAAAGCCUAAAAUCUGCCACCAAUCCGUCCUAAUUGUGUCAUUUGUAUUGUUCUGUAUAUUUUUUUAUCCCCAUCAAUGUUAGAUGUUAUGUACGCAUUGAUUCGGCAUAUCAACCUCUGAAUUAGUGUGAUUGACAGAAAGACUACAUUAAAGAGGCAGAAUCAAACACCA